AUGACCACUGGCUAUGUGAUCGGCCUCGAAUUGAAUUUCAACGGAUUUAUUUAUUCCAACAGCAGCCUCUUUCUCCUCCAUCAUCUCCAACAGCUCAAUCUUGCUAACAGUUACUUCAGCCUGGCUCUUAUCCCAUCUGGGUUUGAUCGGCUUUCAAGCUUGACCCAUCUCAACCUCUCCAAUACUUGUUUCUCCGGACAGAUACCUUUGGAUUUCUCACGCCUAACAAGGUUGGUUUCUCUUGAUCUAUCUAUGCAAGAAAAUUUGUGUACUCCUAGUCUAAAAUUGGAAACACCCAACCUCAAGGCAUUGAUCCAGAAUCUGACAUCUCUCACAGAACUAUUCCUUGAUGAGGUAGACCUCUCUGCACAAGGAAAUGAUUGGUCUCAAGUCUUGGCACAAUCACUUCCCAACCUUCGUGCGUUGAGUUUGUCUAAUUGUAAUCUUUCACGUCCCAUUCAUCACUCUUCUUUCUCUCAGCUUGUCUUACUCUCGGAACUCCGGCUUGAUGAAAACUAUCUUUCUGUUGAAGCUCCCAAGUUCUUGCCCAAUUUCUCAGAUUUGAAAAUUCUUAGUCUAAGAUCUUGUGGAUUGUAUGGAGAGUUCCCCAGCAGUGUUUUUCGGCAACCCAAUCUUCAGAUCCUUGAUGUGUCAAACAAUUCUCUCCUCACUGGUCAAUUGCCUGAAUCUUUUGGAAAUCUGAGGUUUUUGAUGACAUUACAACUUUCUCGUUGCAAUUUCGCAGGACCAGUCUCACCUUCUCUUGCAAACCUUACCCAGCUAACCUUUUUGGACCUUUCCUUCAAUAGUUUUACUGGUUCAGUCCCUCUGUUUAAAUCAAUUUCUCAACUCUUAAAACUUGAAUACCUCUAUUUGGGAACCAACAAUUUUAGUGGCACUAUAAACUUGGACAUGUUUGGGAACCUUCAGAGCCUUAAGACUCUUGACCUUUCAAACAACCUAUUAUUGUCACUAGAAUUUGGCAAUACCAGUUUUGCUCUUCCCCAGCUUGAAGGAUUGUUCUUGGGAUCUUGCAACUUAAGAGAAUUCCCAAAUUUCUUGAGAACUCAAGAUAAAUUGAAGAAUUUAGACCUUUCAAACAAUCAAAUCCAAGGUCAUCUACCUAGUUGGAUAUGGAAGGAGACUCUUUCUUUUGUUGAUCUUUCUUACAACAACUUGAGCGGUUUGAUUCCAGAAUCAAUUUGUAAGUUGACUAGUUUACAAAUCUUUGUUGCCUCUUACAACAACUUGAGCGGUUCAAUUCCAGAAUGUCUAGGUAACAUUGGCACUCUCUCAAUAUUGAAUCUAGAAGGGAAUAGAUUUCAUGGAAUGCCUCAACAUUUUACAAGUGCAAGCAGCCUGAAGACACUCGAUCUUAAUGGAAACAUAUUAGAAGGCCAACUGCCUAUGUCACUGGCUAAUUGCAAAUCAUUAGAAAUUUUAGACCUUGGGAAUAACAAGAUAUUUGAUACUUUCCCCUUUUGGUUGGUGGAAUUGCCUAUGCUGCAAGUUCUUAUAUUGCGUUCCAACAGAUUAUAUGGCCCCAUCGAGCCCCGUCGAACCCCCUCAAACCUUUAA